UAUAAAAACCCCAUCAAAUAUCUCUGCUUUCCCUCUCCUCGUGCACUUUUAUUUUUAUUUUUUUUUCAAGCAUUUGUUUGCUUUCUCUCUUUCUCCUCUUCCCUCUUCCUUUCUUGGUUUCUUUAGUACUCUAGGUAGCUCGCUAGCUCCAACUGUUUUGUCCACUUCUAGCUAGUAAUUGGAAAGAGAGCAACAAACAAUGUAUCAUGAACAUCAACUCCCAUGUUUGCAUUGCCACCCACAUAGAUACAUCAGAAUGGUUCAGCAUCUCAUAGAAAGAUGCUUGCUCUUACGCAUGUCCAGAGACGAUUGCGUCGAGGCGCUUGCAGAGCAUGCCAGAAUCCGGCCACUCGUCACGCUUACAGUGUGGAAAGAGCUAAUCAAAGAGAAUAGGGACUUCUUUGAAGCAUAUUAUCAUGCUAUUUCUCCAAGGCCUCUCAACUGGAGACCGAUUCAGAGGGUAUCAAGAUUUGGAAGAAGGAAACAAUGGAAAUGAAUGAAAUAAGAAGAAGCCCAAUCCACUGAUUACCAUCAAAAAGUUAGUUUACUGUUUUAUUUCAUAUGUCCUAGUUUAGGUGAAUGACAAAUUACACUACUGAUACUAAAAAUAAAGAAGAAAGCCCAUGAAUACUGGGUCUCUGUGUGAACUCUUAAGGUUUUACAUCUAUUGGAGUUUGGAAUAAGUGAAUCAAGUGAUACUUCAUUCUCUUUCCCCUA